CAGAUCGAAAAGCCGUUGCUGCGCUCCGUGUGAGUGCUGAAACAUAGCCCCCCUUUGUGGUUGGCAGACCAUGGCCGCCAAUGGCACGCUGCCGGCGCCUCCUGGCUUGAGCGAAGCCGAGGGGCCGCCGACCCACGAGGUGGUGCGUGAUGCCGUGCUGAGAGAUAUUGAGACCAAGGUGGCCGAGAAGAUGGAAGAGAUUUGGCGAAAGGGUCGCCAAAUGCUGGCACAGGUCCAUCAGAAACAGCAAGAAAAGACCGAGCAGCUGAUGGCGCAGAUCCAACAGUGUAAAGAGCAGCAAGAAGUCUUAGAAAGGGAGAACCAGACCCUGAAGCAGGUCCUCACCAAGAUGGCCUCGCACCUUUCGCAGCUGGGCCUGGAGAAGCCUGGUGUAGGCUACUCUUCACCCACCACUGCGGGCAGCGUCACCACCACACCACAGAGGGCCACACAGUCUGAGGGCACACCGGCGGACGUCAGCGGGGAGGUGUCUACUUCGCCCCCUGAGGUAUCCGCCUUUCCCUUCGCGUCGAUGGCUGCGCCUUUAUCACUGGCUGAGGCCUUGAGCUCUUCACUGUCCUCUCCGGUUCCGCCAACGCCCUUGUCGUUGGCGAAGACGUUGGCCGGGGAGGCUGCCUCGCCUGCAGUGCCAACAGCGCCGUGGCCGCCACAGGUGUUCAGUAUGACGCUGCGAAAAGCGGAUGGGGCUGAACUGGGACUCAAUGUGAAAGCAUUGGAUAGCCAGAAGGUGGUCCUGGUGGAGGGCAUCAGGGCCGACGGAGCCGUGGAAGCGUGGAACAGGCAAUGUGUGAGCAGCGCUCAUCCGGAACGUGCCAUUUUGGCGGGGGAUCGCAUCAUCAGUGUCAAUGGCAUCUCUUACGAACCGGAUAAAAUGCUGGAAGAAUGCCGGGACAAGCACCUCCUCAAGUUGACGCUUCUUCGUGGAGAUCUGGGAACGGAGCUUGCUGCACCGCUGACUUUACGUGCUGAUGCCUCUGAGUUUGUUCCUAAGGGUGAGCCGGUUGUGCGUGACAGGUGACGCCGGUAAUGCAACUCGCCGCCCGAACAAAAAAAAGGAAGCGCCAGUAAUUUCACGACGCGAUCCCAGCGGGUCGAAAAGGUGG